CAUAGAUGGUCAAGACAGCACAGCAGUCUCACCAACAGCUCUCCACCUCACUUCCUCAUCUUCCUCCUGCCGUUAACUCGGAGUUGUUGUUGUUUAGGAUUUGGUGUUCUCCGUCUCCCACUAGCCUAUAUUUUAAGGUCUGAAAAUCAAAAUGGACAUCUCGGAAAGUGUCAUCUUGGAAAUUGAAAGCGUCACCCUGCCUCCUACUAAAUGCUCUGGAAGCCCAAAAAUGACUGUUUGGGCUGGCUCAAAUAAUUUUUGUAUCAGGUUUGGGAUGACCUGCCAACCCGAAAAUGACCAGAUAACUGUUGAAGGCAGUUCAUGUUCGCGUUGGACUUUCUGGCCUGUUUUAGGGCCAAGCAGUAUUUGUUGGGGUCGAAUCCAGCCCACAAUCCCGAUUUUACACCCCCUCUUUGAUAUAUUUCUUAAAGCAUCAUCCAGGACGGGAUCUUGUCGAAUGGAGAGGAGAAGUGGAGAGGAGAACGAAGUGGUUGACUCUUUAAAAAAGCAUCUGGUUAAAGUUGUGUGUACACAGAUGGAGCAGUUGAAGCAGCUUUUAGUCCCUACCAAAGCCUUCUCUGCAAUUCCUGUUGUGGCUAAUAGCACCAACCUUGUAGAUGCAGGGGAAGGAAAGUUUAAGCGUUUUAAUCGCUUCAUGACAAUCAACCCAAGAAGAAUUCUUCUUCUUCUAGCUUCGAUGUCAAGCAUGGGGACUUUGAUACUUAUAUACUUCACUUUAGCUAUUUAUCGAAGAAGUGCAUCAGAGAAGAGUAGCUAUUUGAUUACAAUUGCAAGAGAAGAAUAGCUAGUUGUUUGUCCAUUUCAUCCCAUAUCAUAGGGUGGAAGCCGGAAACAUUAAAUGGGGAAAAGAAGUGCUGAAGAGAUCUAUUCUGAUUCUAUCUGAUUAGAUUGGCUCUUGUUGAAGCCACUCUACAAUGAUAAAGCUCCUCAAAUGCAGUCUAGAUUUUUCUUUGGUUUUACUGAUUCAUAAUCUUUCUAUUCAGUUUGAUUGUCAUAUUUGAUGCAUGAUUUUGUUGUGACAAGAUAAAGAUUUUGUGGUCUGUUAAGCUGAAAUGCAUUAGUGGCGGAGAUAUAAUUCUAAUGUAUUUUUUUUUUUUUGGUGGGAAGCAGGCAGCUUUUAGGUAUGUUCUUUUUCUGCCACUGAAUACUCUUCUGUUGGACCGUUGGAAAAUUGUUGAUUCCAGUAUUUCCUACGUAAGAAGGGAAAUUUUUUAGAUAUUUUAUUCAACUGUUACAUUUCAUAUUAAAAUAUUAUAAAUGAAGAGAGGUUAAUUGGGUUUGAGUCGGAUUUGAUUUGCUUGCUUGAA